UAAUGUUCAGCCUUACACCUAUUGUUCAAAAAUCUUAUCAAAGCAGCUCUUUUUCUUACGAAUAGAAAAUGGAUGAUAUGACCUGUAUUGUUGACAAUGGAGUAUCAGGAUCAAUAUAUUUAGGAAAUAUAGAAUCUGCAUGUAUGGAUUAUAUUUCUACUUAAUUUUAGCUAACCUUGAGAAUUUACGAAGACAUAGAAUCAAUGGUGUUUUAUCAAUCUGUAUGAAUAAGAUACCAUUUGAAGUACAAACAUAAUUACAAAAUUAUCUACAUAUAUAUUUAGAGGAUUGUGAAUCUGAAAAUAUUAGCAGACAUUUUGACAAUAGUAAUUAAUUCAUUGAAAGAGCCAGAUAAAGUGGUAAUGUAUUAAUUCACUGCAUGGCUGGUAUUUCUAGAUCAGCUACACUUGUUGCAGCAUAUUUAAUGAAAAAGAAUAAUAUGAGUGCUUAAGAUGCCUUAAGAUUAUUAGAAAGAAAAAGAUGGUAAGUAUAUCCUAAUAACGGAUUCUUAAGACAAUUACAAUAAUAUGAAAGAGUAUUACAAUAAUAAACUAAUAAGAGUGAUAUAAUAGAUUCAUCACCUUUAAAAGAAUCUUUAUUAAAAAGGUAAAAAUCUAUAUUAAAAAAUUAGUAAAUAAUUUUAAACUCCAACCAAAGAAAUAUCAUUCAUGAAUAAAUAUGAAGAAAAAUAAUAAUAUUCUGGAAUUAAAACAAGACCUCUUGAUGAAAUUAAAUAUGAAAGUUAUAAACGUAAAUCCUUAGGAGCAGAACUUUAUAGUAGUCCAGAACCAUCUUAAAAAAUGCAAUUCUCACUUACUAAUCAUAGACCUAAUUCAGCACUUAGAACUUCUCCAGAUUUGAUUAGAAAGAAGAACUAUUUAUAAGAUGCAAGUAAUUUCUUUUAAUUUAAUUCUUUAUUAGUUCAUGGAAGUAAAAAAGAUGGAUUAGCUACUUUAGCAUUAGAAUUGAAUUCUUUAGAUUGGUAAAACAAAAAAUAAGAUUUUGAAAAUAAAUUUGCUAAACAAAUGACCCAACCUUCCACCAAGACAUUUAUAUCUUAGAAUAAACCAUUUUAAUUAAAUUAACAUUAAAGUAAACUUGAUGAAUUAUUAAAUGCCUUUAACAGAAAGCCAAUACUAUGA